AUCUAUAACCACUACAGUGUUCCAUCCGUAGCAUAAUUGGGUUGAAACGUGUCACCGCUUUUUCUAUCAGUAGCAUCACUAUCCUCCUCAUCAUCUAUUGAUCAGUAUUAGUUUUACAGUUCCAACAAUUUCUCAUACCACCAAAUUGUCUAGCCCACUGUAUCUCGUAUUCUUUCAAUUGUCUCUUUCCAACUCCCCUCCUCCCUUCCACCGCUGCGCGCUCUCUCACGUUGGCACAUUAAACUAUUCUCUGAGAGCGGGUUUAGCGGCAGUCAGAUGGUGGAAUGCUUCCGAGAGAAGCAAUCCGUUCGGUCCAUUAUUGCGAAAGGAAAAGGGGCGGUGAUAGAGGAAGAAGAGACAUGGCAUCUAAAGACAUAACUGCCUCUUGUUUCGUCAGUGUGAGCAGGGAUAUUGCAGAGAGUAUCAGGAAGAUUGUUGACAAGUCAUCCAUCAAGUUUAUACGCGGCAUUAAGCUUGACACCAAAAAUGGCAAGUCAGAGGACCGGAUACUGGUCCUCACAACAUGGAGACUCUAUUUCCUGACAGCCAAGGUUCCAACAAAGAUUGAGGUGACAUUUAACUUCUUGGAGAUCCGAGCCAUGAACAGUCACCCAGAGUUUCAGGUCGUCAUAGACUUGGACAAGUCCACUUAUUCCCUGAGGCUUCAGUCACGUGACCACCUCAGUCAUGUGGUCAGCCACGUUAACUUUGCCCUGUCCAGAAUAUUCAACAACUCUGUUUUCUCUCCCUCCAUCUGUCAUUCAGACAGUGACCUUUCUGAGGGAAGCAGGAAGUACUCCCCCAGCUCAGAGACGUCUGUUGAAACCCAGAGGGCCUGUGGAGGGUUUUCCGAGACCUACGCUGCCCUGUGUGACUACAAUGGAAUCAGCUGCAAAGAGGAAGUGCAGUGGGAUGUGGACACUAUCUAUCACUCUCAAGACAACCGGGAGUUUAACCUAGUGGACUUCAGCCACCUGGAGAGCAGGGACUUGGCAGUGAUUGUGGCCUCAAUGGCAUACAACACCUGGUUCACCAAACUAUACUGUAAGGACCUACGCAUAGGGUCAGAGGUCAGUGAGCAGGUUUUGCACACACUCAGUAAAUCCUCCAGCCUGGAAGAGCUCACUCUGGAGAAUGCUGGUCUCAAAUCUGACUUUGCGCAGAAGCUGUCAGUUGCACUCUCAGAGAAUCCUGCUGCUGUCAUCCACUCUCUGAACUUGGCACACAACACAUUGGACAACCAAGGUGUGUCUAACCUCAUCCAGCAGGUGUGUCGUCUCAGUAAAGGACUGCGUCUCCUCAARCUCUCCAAGACCUCCCUUAACUCCAAAGGUGUGGUGUCUCUGUCUCAGGCUCUGUGCUCCAGUGAUGAGUAUUCCAACUCUCUACUGCACCUGGACCUGAGCAAGAACCCUGGGGUCCUGUCUGGGGAGGACGCUUCGAAUCUGUACCUUUUCCUUUCCCAGCCUAAUUGUUUGGUCCAUUUGGACCUGUCUGACACUGACUGUGCCGUUGACUCUCUAUUUGGGGCUCUGCUGAGGGGGUGUUGUGCUGAUCUCUCCUACUUGAAUCUCUCCAAAAAUUCCUUCUCACACAGGAAAGUGAAGGAGACCCUGCCGUUGUUCCGCCAGUUCUUCAGCUCGGCCUUCAGUCUCACCCAUGUCAGCCUGGCCUCUAUGAAGUUACCCCCUGAUGCKCUGAGGUCUCUUUUCAUAGGUCUGACCACAAACCCUCACAUUAAUGACCUUCACCUGGACAUCAGUGGCUGUGAGGUACAAGUCUACAAUGCAGGAGUGGUUCAGCUGUUCCCCAGGGUCUCCUCCCAUCCCACCCUGGACAUCUCUGAUACAGGGCUGGAUGCAGACCUUCUCUCAGUCCUACCAGCUCUCUCCAGACACACCUCCCUAAAGCACCUGUAUCUGGGCAAGAACUUCAACAUCAAGAGCAGCAGGGUGCUGGAGGAAAUCCUACACAAGCUGGUCCAACUCAUACAGGAGGAGGAAUGUGCCCUCCAGUCCCUCUCCCUGGCUGACUCGCGGCUGCGUUCUCGCGGUACAGUGCUAGUAAAUGCUCUGGGUAGUAACACCUGCCUACGUAAGGUGGACCUGAGUGGGAACAGCCUGGAGGACAUUGGAGCCAAGAUGCUGAGCAAAGCCCUACAGAUCAACACCACACUCAGGAGUGUGACGUGGGAUCGUAACAACACCUCAGCUACAGGAUUCCUGGAUGUGGCUCGAGCCCUUGAACAUAACUUCACCUUGCAGUACAUGCCCCUCCCCCUCAGUGACAUCAGCCAGGCGUACCGUAGCGCCCCCGAGAGGACAGAGCAGGCACUGACCAAGAUCCAGCGUGCUCUGCUGAGGAACAACCAGACUCAGCGCUUCUCUCAGAGACAGGCUCUACGGCUGCACCAGGGCCUGGUCACCAGCACUGCUGAACAGGUGAUGGAGCGUCUGUGUGUGCGUGUGCAGCAGCAGGUGUGUGUGCUGCGUGGAGUAGGGGAGAUGGAGGAGAUUCAAGCUGCUAAACAAGUGCUGAAGGAGGCCAGGAACUCUCGCGCGCUGUACCCCUCCCUCUGUGAGCUAGCUCAUGUGCUGUCAGUAGAUGGGCCAGUCAGACAAAGACUGGACUCACUGGCAGGAGAACUGGCCAAGGCAGCUGACAAGGAACUACAGGUGAUAGUUGACUCCAUGGUGUCUCUCUGUCGUGAGCUGUGCCCGCUGUCCUCCUCUGCAGCAGAGAGAUUGAGUCCUCCGCUCUCGUCCGUCUCUGAGCGCGUGUCCAUCCCUCGCUCAGCCAUCCGUACGGCCCUGAUGGAGCGAGCAGCUCAGGACAUCCACCGCGCGCUGGAAGAGGUGAAGCUCUCAGUGGUUUCCUAUCUCACCAACUCCAUUGUGGAUCAGAUCUUGCAGGAGCUCUACGCCACUCAAAAGACCCUGACGCGUCAGGUGUCCCAGGUGAAGCGUUGGGAGGGGACAUGUGACGGAGGGACAGGCAGGAGGUCACACAGACACAGAGACUCUCUGGACAUCACAGACGAGGAGCUGGGCACCAGCAUAGACACAAUUGCCAUUAAGAAGCACAGCUCUAGAACUAGGCGAAUACGACCCGUUUCAACCAGACUGAGCCUGUGUGAUGACUCCAGCUCCUCCCCGCCCCCCUCUACGUCCUCUUCUUUCUCAGCCCUCUCUCGCUCCGCAUCCUGUGAGGGGCUGUCUGAACUCCCUACCCAGGGUGCACCUCUACAUCAUGUGACGCGGGUUAGGCCGAGGCCCCCACGGAGGCACCGAGCAGGACACGCCCCCUCUGACACAGUAAGAGGAAGCUGA